CCAUCAAGGUUGAUGAAACAGAAUUGAAGCACGUGCCAUAGCCCACAACCCCCAAGUCCAAACCCCCACACGCCGAGCCGGCCCGUCCCUCUGAAUGUAUCGGCAGUUGACAUCCCGCCGCUACAAGUGCAAUCUUCUUCUUCCACCUCCUCACCGACACUUCUCCUCACCCCCUCCGGCGCCGACGCUAUCCCCAAAUUCAUGUGUUGCUCUUCUCAAAGCCUGCAGAUCCAAGGACCAACUCAAGCAGAUCCAUGCCCAGGUCUUCCGGGUCGGCCUCGACCAUAGCCGGAACGUCCUCGACAAGCUCGUCGUCUGCUGCACCGAUCCAUCCCUCGGAGACUUACAGUACGCAGAAAGGAUCUUGCACUCUGCACAUAACCGCACACUGCUGGUCUACAACUUGCUCAUAAAGGCAUUUGCUAAGGCUGGUAACUAUAAAAAAUCGAUCUUGUUGUUCCACAAGCUGAGGGAGGAGGGGCUCUCGCCUGACAAUUUCACGUACCCGUUUGUGUUCAAGGCGAUUGGGGGUUUAAGGGCGGUUCGGGAGGGGCUUGGGGUUCAUGGGCAUGUGGUGAAAGCGGGGAUGGACUUGGAUCCUUAUGUGGGCAACUCGCUCAUGGACUUGUACGGGGGCUUCGGGAGAGCCGAGAGUAUGCUCCGAGUAUUCGACGGAAUGCCUGAGAGGGACGUGGUCUCUUGGAAUGUGAUGAUCUCGAGCUACGUUCGAUGCGGGAAGUUCAGUAACGCAGUGGAUGCGUUUCGGAGGAUGUGGAGUGAGGGCAUGCUGAGUCCCGAUGAGGCCACUGUUGUGAGCACCCUCUCGGCUUGUACCUCGUUGAAGAUGUUGGAGCUCGGGGUUGAAAUUCACCGUUACAUCGAUGAGAAUCUUGACCGGACCCUUAUAAUGAGCAACGCACUGCUAGAUAUGUAUUCCAAGUGCGGGUCUUUGAGUACUGCUAGGCAGAUUUUCAAUGAAAUGCAGGUGAAAAACGUUAUUUGUUGGACGAGUAUGAUCACGGGGUACAUUAAUGUUGGGGAGAUUGAUGCAGCGAGAGAGUUGUUCGAUCGGAGUCCGAGCAGGGAUGUUGUCCUGUGGACCGCGAUGAUAAACGGGUAUGUCCAGUUUAACCGCUUUGAUGAGGCCAUGGACCUAUUCCAGGAGAUGCAGACCGCGAGGGUUAGGCCAGAUAAAUACACCGCUGUUGCCCUAUUAACGGGUUGUGCUCAGACAGGAGCUCUCAAGCAGGGGAGGUGGAUUCACGGGUACAUUGAGGAGCACUUGAUUAAGGUAGAUGCCAUUGUAGGAACGGCUCUUAUCGAUAUGUAUGCCAAAUGCGGCUGCAUAGGGAGAGCUUUGGAUGUUUUUCGUAGUUUACAGCAAAAGGAUACAGCCUCUUGGACUUCGAUCAUAUGUGGGCUUGCAAUGAAUGGUAAAGCAAGGGAGGCUAUAGAGUUGUUCAAUGAGAUGAGACAGGUUGGGUUUAAGCCCGAUGAUAUUACCUUUAUCGGGGUUCUCAGUGCAUGUAGCCACGGAGGGCUGGUUGACGAAGGCCGCUGGUUCUUCAACUUAAUGAAGGAGUUCUACAUGAUUGAGCCGAAAUUGGAACACUAUGGGUGUCUAGUGGACCUUCUAGGUCGCGGCGGGCUAUUACACGAGGCUGAGGAGUUGAUUAAGGAAGUCCCGGCGGGAAGUAUAGAGGUUGCAAUCCCGCUCUAUGGUGCUCUGCUCAGCGCUUGUAGGGUCCACGGAAAUGUUGACAUCGGGGAGCGGAUGGCACAGCGUCUGGUGGGGAUGGAAUCAGGGGAUUCGAGCGUACACACCCUUCUGGCGAAUAUUUAUGCAUCAUGCGAUCGAUGGGGAGAUGUGAUGAGGGUGAGGAGGAAGAUGAAAGAUCUAGGGGUUAGGAAGGUGCCGGGGUGCAGCUCGAUCGAGGUGGACGGUGUCGUACACGAGUUUCUCGUUAGGGACCCGUCUCACCCUAAAAUGGAUGAUAUAUGCUCCGUUUUGGAUAAGAUGGUGGAUAUAUUGUCGGGUUCCGAGGCCGGAGACAUAUUAGAGGACAUGGUUUUGCUAGAUAGCUGAGUUCACAAUACAACACAAUUGAAUUUGGUACAUUGAUGCGUUAAUUUCUUCUCCUC